UUUGUACUUCAAGCAUAACAGUGAUCCAUACAUGAACUAGAAGUUGUGUGUUGGCCUCACCCUUGUGUAAAUAAGGGACAUUUUUACUCCCCUAACAAGUUUAAAGUUGGAUCUAACUAAAUAAAGGGGACACGGGAAUAACAAUGGAGCAACAGUAUAAUCCGGACACGGCAAGAAUUUACCAUUUUCGUUACAUGCGGGAGUACAGAGCUGUCUGUGUUCUUUGGGCAGUGUUGACAAUUAUUUGGGCAACUUUUAAUGUUGUUGUUUUCGUACAGCCUCAGUGGAUUGGUGAUACCCCAGAAAGUCCUGGAUAUGGACAUCAUGGAGUUUACAAAAGUUGUUACCCGAACAAUAUAGAAUUACGUUACGAUUGCGAUGGAAGUUUCACAGAUUUCGACUCUCUUAUAAAUGACGCUUACAGAGCAACGACAUUUUUUGUUGGUGUCUCGGCGUUGCUGAUGUUGAUAUCUGUUGCUGCUUUAUUGUUGUUCUUUUGUUUUAAGAAAACUGCAGUUUUCAUGCUAGUUGGAAUUUUUGAGAUAAUAUCUGCAAUCUUUAUGUUCCUUGCCUGUGUGAUAUACCCCAGUGGUUGGGAAAAUAACCAACUUCAGACGAUAUGUGGUGAGAGCUCCGGAAAGUACCGUAUGGGCGACUGUAACAUUCGCUGGGCUUAUAUCUUGGCCAUCCUUGGCAUUUUCGAUGCUGCAAUCCUUGCAAUAUUAGCUUUCUUCCUGGCCUCAAAACGAGCAAAGAUUGAGAUGUACACUUCAUCUGGUGCCGUGACAAAGUCGGAGUUGAAUGGAUUUGGUGCUGAAACAAUGUCGAAGAGGUCCUUGGCUAUACAGCCAACUGUCGUUGCUGUUCCAUCAGUCCAACAUGAAGGUCGUGAAAGCUACUCAGAGUACUCCCAGGUUCAGAAAAGAGCUGGCAGCGGCUUCAACCUUUAAACACUUACAAGAUCGCUCGUGAAAAGAAUUGAUAUUUUUAAACUAAAAAAAAAGGACACUAUAAAACCCUUUACAUCGAGUAGAUAUUAUUAUUUUUUUAGUUAAAUGUAGAUACUAAAUCUCUCUAAGUUGUAUAGCUUUUUCAAUAUGUUCAAGUUGACUGUUACCAUGUUAACAUUCUGUUUUUGAUACUUUGAUCUUGCUCUAUUAAAAUUUUCUUCCAUUUUAAAGUACAAAACGUUUGUUUUUAGAAACAGUAUUUCUUCGCUAUAAACUUUAGGUCACAAGAAAUGUUGAAUAAUCAAAAUACAUUAAUGAAAUGGAUGCAUGUAUGUAAAAGUUACUUUGACCUGAAAUAAGAUAAUAAUAGAUUUAAUUUCCAGUAUAUGCGAAAACUAAUUGUUAAAAUCGAAACUUUGUUUAGAAUUUUGUAUAAUUUGUGCAUUUUCUAUAAUCUUGUAUCUAUAAAUCAUAUGUUAAAGGAUGAAAGUGAUAUGGUCACAGUGUCAAACAGUAAAAAUAUAGAUGAACAGUAAUCUAUGCAGAAAAUUAUCAUAAAUGUUAAAGAAUGUUAAAGAACAAUGUUUGUGCAGUAUUUGAGUGAUCAUUGAGCUUUGAAAAUUUCUUUAUAACAUAUGCCCCAGGGUUGAAGGCCCAUGGUCGUAGGCCACAGGGUCAGAGGCUAUAAAGAAAUGUUGUAAUGAUAGAUUUAUAAGAGAAAAUCAUUGCUAUGUUAAUAGUGCUAUAUUUUACGUACUCGUUCUUUUUUGCAUUUUUUUUUUCUUCAAUCAGCAUACAUCAAACAUUUGUCGCAAUGAAAUUUAUGCUCCAUACAAAGAAAAACAUAAAAAUUGUAGAAGUAGGAAGAUGGUAAAGUAAAAGCCGAGAUAAAAAUUCACAUAAAUACAGGUCAUAGAAUUGUUUUCUACGUUUGUAAAUAAUCAUAAAACAAAGAUUUAUACAGGCAUUAUUAUAUAUACAUGCUUUUUGUAUAUAGUCAACCAUUUUGUACAAAAAAAAAAUCAGGCCAUUCUUCUAUAAAACAGUCUCAACUUUCUAAGGUUUUCUGGUAUGUUUUAUUUUUAUGUAAAUACCAAUAUUAUAUGAUUUUGGAAGUAAUCUAAAAAGUGUCUUAUUAUGCUAACUUUAACAUAAAUAAAGAAGUUUUUUUCCUACUGCAUUUUAUAAUGAUAAUCUUUUAUCAAGUAGGUUCUGUUCUAUUAGCUACUUCUCUUUUAAGAAGAAAAAAAAUCCAUUUUAAGAUACAGGAUAUAGUCACAUACAUGUAUGUUUGACAGAUAAUUUAUUAAGCAUUUUAUUUUUGGACAUUCCUGCCAUCUUGAUGUAAUAACUUACAUGUAAGUUUAGUGAAUUUGUUUCAUUUAAUAAAACUAUUUAGGCCUUAAA